AUUUAUUUUAGAGGAAAAUGGAUUUGCAUGAUAACUGAUCCAGUGAUUGCUAAGGAAAUAUGUUUACGAACCGAUGUUUUUCCUAAGUUAAUGUUCGACGAGAUUGUACCAAAUUCUGCGGCUGAACGACAUUUUGGUGUUAAUGUUGUUCAUUCAAAUGGUGAUGUUUGGAAGCGACACAGACGUGUCUGUAAUCCUGCUUUUAAAACUUUACCGGUGCACCUUUUUGUUGAAAAGGGAUUAAAAAUGAUGGAUAUUUUAGAAAAAGUCGAUAAUAAGCCUAUUGAAAAUCUUGAAGACCCGAAUAAUAUUUAUGUAAAAACUUAUAAAGAAGUUCAGGAUGUGUUUAGAAAUCCAUUUGUUGCUAUGCUCCAAAUUGACCGCAUUCCAAUCUUACAAAAAUUAGUAUUUAGAAAAAUUGAUAAGUUAAAUAAUUUAUUUGAAGAGAUGAUUAAAGAAAAACGUAAAUCCUUAGCUGCUGGACAAUCUAACGGUGACCUUUUAGAACUGAUGAUAAAGGCUUGUGAAGAUCCAGAUAAUCAAAUAUUAUCGGAUACUGAACUCAGACACAAUUUAGCUAUUUUUAUGGUUGCGGGUCAUGACACCACUGCAUUGGCUCUAUCGACUCUUUUAUAUCUUUUAGCAAUUCAUAAAAAUGUUCAAGAAAAAGCUCGAGAAGAAAUCUUAAGAGUACUUGGUGAUAAUCUAACACCAUCACAAGAACAGCAUGCGUCAUUAAAGUAUUUGAAUUUGAUUAUUCGUGAAAAUCUUAGAUUAUAUCCUCCGGCCGGAGGUUUGCCAUUACGUGCAUUAGCCGAAGAUUUAAAGCAUAAGAACUUUUUGAUUCCAGCUGGCACACCAAUUAGCCUCUUUAUAUAUGGGUUACAUCAUUCACCAAAGCUUUGGAAAAAUCCAGAAGAGUUUUUGCCUGAGAGGUUUGAAAAUGAACAUGAGAAUUAUUCUUGGUUGGCUUUUGGUGGUGGAACUAGAAUGUAG